CAAAAACAAGAAGAAAUAGUAACAAAACGUAUCCACUCCGACUUACACUGUGUCAUUCUUGACAGUGACAGAACAUAAAAUUGAUUAACUCGGAUUCGCAUAUCGAACAGAGUUAUUAGUUUUCAAAUAAAUCAAGUUUGUUUUGGAUGAUUUGCGUUUCGUUUUUGUUCAGUUUAUAAGUUUGUCGCUUUGAUUUUUCUAGAAGGUAAAAAACUGUCAUUUGUAUAUUUUCUACAGAUCGUGUAGUUAGUAUAAUAGUCGAUUUUAAAAGAAAUAUAUGUCAGAUUCCGGCAGGUCCGCAAACGGAUAUAGUCUGUUGGAUAUAAUUUGGCUCGCUCUUGGAUACGUAGCGUUCCUCUUCAGCUAACUAUUCAGAUUGUAUUUUUGUUUUCAGGAUGUUUAGCACACAAUUAGGAAACUUCCCAUUCGCAACCGCCAAGAUCAAGCAGCCGGACAACUCUAACUCCAAUAAUUUACCGAACAGAGGCAUGGAGACGAACAACGGCGCUGGGGAUAGCAAUCAGAGCCUAAUCGACAAGACCAAGUUGAUUGUUAAUUACAUACCGCAAUUUGCGACUGAAGAUGAUCUCGCGACGAUAUUCGCGCCCAUCGGUAGGGUUGAAAGCAUUAAGAUCAUGAGAGAUUAUAAGACUGGUUAUAGCUUUGGAUUCGGUUUUGUCAAAUAUGCUUUGCCUGAGGAUGCUACCAAAGCUAUUGAAGUACUGAAUGGGUAUAACUUUAGAAACAAACGGCUAAAAGUGUCUUACUCGAGACCGCCCGGAACCGACAUGAAAGAUUCCAAUCUGUACAUCACAAAUUUGCCAAAGGAUAUUACGGAGCAGGGGGUCGACAAUCUGUUUCGCGACUACGGCGAAAUCGUACAGAGAACCGUAUUGAAAGACAAAGUGACUGGAAUGCCUAGAGGAGUCGCAUUCGUAAGGUAUUCGAAAGGGGAGGAGGCGCAAGCGGCCAUAUCGCACUUGCACGGGAAAAUGUUGGAGAACGCCAUGUUGCCGUUGAGCGUGCGCGUCGCCGAGGACCACGGCAGACAGAAAGCUCAGUAUUUGGACGUGUGGGACCCGAUGGGGUUCAACAGGGGAUUUCCCCAAGUCAGAGGAGUGUUGCCUUUUAGAGAAAUGAACAAUCCCAGAAGCAAUUUUCAAAAUCGUUUCGGCAGAUUCCAUUUGAAUAACAUGAGAAAUUUGGGAGCGGGCGACACCCUGUUCCAAAACACGUUUCUGUUUUGAUUUUUGAUUCGAGACCCCCCCAUUUCUUUUACAGAAAUCAUUUUUUUGUUUUUUAUUAUCGUUUUUUUUUUUUAAUUGUAUUUCGUUGAUGAUCGACUGCCGAUUUUUGUUUUCGUGACUGUAUACAGGGGCAGACCGUAUUUAAUUUGCGUACGCGGAGAUAUUUUAAAUUGCAAUGUGUAUGGUAAUCGGUUAAAUGUGGAAAAGUGACAUAUUUUGAUAAUGGUUCGUAGAUUUUUAAAUUAAUUACGGAGAUAUUCGGUGAAAUCUACCCUAGCUUCAUUAUUAUAAGGGUCGAUUUAUUCACCUUUGCUUAAAGUUGAAUGUACAGUUACUUAACAGAUUAGCGAACUAUGAUCUAUAGCAUAAUUCGAAGGUAUUUACUUUCAAUUUUACUCAGAGGUGAAUAGACUGGGCCUUAAAGAUAUAUAAAAAAUGAUAUCUAUGGAUAAUGACACUUUGUGGCUUCAUAUGAAGAAACAACGUGAAGGUAUAUGUUAAAUACUACCUUCAAAUUACUUUACUUUAAUUGUAUAAACAAUUUCUUCUUUUCAUUGGUUAUAUUUCUUAUAUAAACGUUUCACAAAGAAACUAUUUUGCUAUUUGAUUGCAUAGAUCCUAUCUAUCUCUCUAUCUGAAUUAGGAUGCGGUUUAGAGCCCUCUCUUACUGAAGCUCUAAACUAAUUGUACCUUUCAAAGUUUCAACCCCAUCAGGUUAAUAUUCUUGAUGAAUUAAAGCACAGAUACUUUUUAAUAUCCAAAUACAAAUCUUCCUCAUAUAAACAUUCUUGGAUUUCUCCCAAGAGGAAUUCCAAUAAAAUUCUGAAGCGUCGUCCAUAACAAUUACGUUUUGACUUUGCAAUUUUGGGAGCAGAAUUUUCGAACCAUGUUUGACAGAU